CUCCCGGUCGAGUCUGCAGGGCUGAUAAUCGAUCCAGAGCAGCAGAUCGAUUACUCGGGGCUGAAGGGUUAGUCCAUCAUGUCUGUGGAGGUGAGCGGUAAAAGAAAGCUGGAAGACUCUCCAGAGGAUGGCAGAGCUCAGAAGAGGGCAAAGACCAGCGAGGAACUGCAGGAGAACCACGUGGCAGAGCAGCAGCUGCCACCACGUAGGCCGUGCAUCACUCGUCCACUCGAGCAGCUGCGUGAGUCCAUCGGGGUGGAGGACGUGUGGAGGCUGGUGCAGUACACCCUGCUGAGGAGAAGCUACGGAGGAAAAAAACCAAGCUGGUGCAGACUCCACGGCCGGCGCAGAGUGGUCAGGGUUAACGUGGCAGUGCUGGAGGGAGUGACGCAGCUCCACUUCUACACACAUUACGCUCAGUUCAAGCGGCUGAGGAGAAUAUACAGCACUAGAUGUACUCUAGCGCCCUCCUCAGGGAACCUGCUGUCUGAGCUCUUCAACAGUGAACUUCCGAACCCUCAGAUCCACACUGCGCCGCCUACAGGUCAGCCUGAAUAUUCAGUGGAUGUGUUGUGUCACCCAGUGCUGCGGCGGUUUGGCCUGAAGAAGAAAGGAAUGACCAGCUACCUGCUGACGGAGGAGGAAAUGAUCAAAAAAAGCUUUCCAGUCAAAGGUUUGCAGGGCUGUGAAGCAUUUGUGUGCACUCAGGCUGAUGGUUAUGUGACUGACAGCAGCCCCCUGUUUGGUCUGGACUGCGAGAUGUGUGUGACGCAGGCCGGCACUGAACUGACGCGAGUAGCAGUGGUGGACAGCAGGGGGCGCUGUGUACUGGACCAACUGGUGAAACCAUUUAACCCCAUCAUCAACUACUGCACCAAGUUUUCUGGGAUUACCCGUUCCAUGCUGCAGGGUGUGAACACUCGUCUGGCGGACGUUCAGGCUAAACUGCUGGAUCUCCUGCCGACUGACGCUGUUUUGGUCGGACACUCAUUGGAAAACGACCUGCGUGCGCUGAACUUGAUUCACCCCCACGUAAUCGACACUUCACUGCUCUAUCGCAGAGAGUUUGGCCAAAGAUUCAAACUGAAGCUUUUAGCCCAGAUCAUCCUCCAGAGAGAGAUUCAGAGCGAGGAGAGAAGAGGUCAUGACCCCUGUGAAGAUGCAUGCGCUGCUUUGGAACUCGCUCAGUAUUUUAUCAGCAAGGGGCCGAGACAGGUUGUGGAGGCCCAUCUGCAGGAUCUGUGGGGAGUGUCUCCUACAGCUCCUGUUAAUGGAUCUCUAAACGGAUCAUUACACAACAACAGAACAAGCCCUCUCAGGUUUGGCCAUGCCCUUCACAAAGCUGGCCAAUCAGCUCUCUUCCUGGGCAGAUCAGACGUGAUGGACGGCGUUUCGUCCAGCCAGCUGUGGCGCAGUCAUUACUGCAGCACAGAUAAAGAGGUGGUGUCUGUGUUUAAGCGUGUCUCUCAGUCUUACUCUCUCAGUGUCCUGCAGUUCUCCUCCUUCAGUGAGAUGCUGAAGCAGACUCCAGCAGGGGGUCGGUGGGACCACCUUCAGCAGAUGGCAAACAGACUGAAACAGAUGUGUGUGUUGUUUGUGGGUCCGUUCCCCUCAGACUUCACAGAGAGGAGGAUAUGUUUGCUGCUCAGGCGAUACGGAGACCUGCGGUCAGUCAGAUUACUGCAGAAAAUGCACAUGCUGUACGCUGUAGUCGAGUUUCAGCAGCUGGAAGGAGCUCAGCUCGCUCUUCAGGCUCUGACUGGUCACCAAAUAAACAACAAAAGAAUAAAGGUCCAGCGGCCGGUCAGCGAGCUGACUCUGGACCUGGAGGCGUCUCUAGCGGACCUGCAUAACGACGUUUUGAAUGAUCGCGUGAUAUAUGUGGGUGGGCUCUCUUCACGACAUCAUCGCCAUGACGACCUGCUCCAGGCCUUCAGCUCUUUCGGCCCCGUUCAUGACGUCAUCACAUCUGCACGGGACUCGGGGAAGCGGCGGAGGCACGCCCGCAUCAAGUUUGUCGGUGCUGAGAGCGUAGCGGCUGCAGUGGGUUCUCCGGUUCUGAUGGGAAACAGGACGCUUAGCGUGUGCCGUGCCCUCACACCCCCUCAUAUGCACACUUGGACACACACCUGCCCCGUUACCACGGAAAUGAAUGGAGAAACGGCCAGCCUGGAGCAGCGGAGUGGAGACGAGGGGACGGAGCCUAAAGGGCCCACCUGUUUGCAGGACGUAGUAAUGGAGAGUGUGAUGAGGGAAAUGGACAGAAAGGUGGGGAAGAUGUUUAACGCUCUGGAGGAGAACACACUGAGCAUCGUCAUCCUACCAGGCACCACGAGUGGUGGUAUGGAAUACUCUGGUCUGUGUUUCGUCGACUUCAAGCGGACGUAGCCUCUUGAAAACGUCGAAAGUCUGGUGUGGCUAUUUCCCAGACUGACCUUGAUGCUGCUAUAUGAUGUCAGACACAUGGACAGGCCUUCAGCAAGAGACUUUGCAUUUUAACUGCCAACUUACCACAAGGGUAGGCUGGAAGGGUGAAGGCUUGCACAUCCUUCUUCAGAGACACGUGAAGCUUCUUUUUACACCACUGAUAAUGCUAUGUCAGCAUGCCUGGAGGAGAUGCUAGCUGCUAAUUCUGUUACAUCAGCUAACAGACAACCACGUUGGACUAGCAUCAUGCUGAGUGAUGGGGGAGGAGCAUCCCACCCACAGAGAUCACGGACACUUAUGAUCUCUUACGUUACGUAUGGCUGAGGUCUUUGUCAAUGAGAACUGGCAAUUUCCGGUGAAGCAACAUGGCAACUGCCAAUAGUAAGUGAGCAUUCAGCGGCGUGGUACACACUGUAUCUCCACUAUUGUGGCACCCUUUUUUGGCUGCUAGAUAAUUGUUACUGACUGCAGACACAGGGAUUUAAGCACACAAGCGGUUUUUACCAGGAUUUUUUAUUUUUAGCGGGAAUGCCCCCGAUUUGUAUUUGUCCUCAGUGAAACCACGGCGAACAAUGCCAGUUCGAGUUUAGAAACGCCCACAGGCAAAGAGCAUUCAGCAGUUUGGGCAAAAGAGGUAAAGAGUCGCUGCCGGUGUGAACGCUGCUUUGGCCGUUUUAUCUACUUUACACUGACAUUUGAUGCCUCUGGACUGAAAAUCACCCCAAUGGUUGAGGUUGCUGAGCUGUGUUAAAUGUGUUGAAAUUAAAGGAAUUUCUUUUCCAGGAUGUCAGCAA